AUGGCUUCUACUAGUGCCACGGAAUCGCAGCCCCAAGUAGAUUUCCUACAUCAUCCAUACACUCGCGCCGCGCUUCCCUUCGUCAAUGGUGGUUUGGCGGGGAUGACUGCCACCGCAGUCAUCCAACCCAUUGACAUGAUCAAGGUGCGUCUGCAGCUGGCGGGCGAGGGUGUCCGCGCGGGCCCUCGUCCUUCAGCAUUCGGUGUCGCUCGCGAUAUCAUUGCCUCCGGAAAGGUUCUCGAUCUCUACACCGGUCUGUCCGCUGGUCUACUGCGCCAGGCCGUUUACACUACUGCCCGUCUCGGUUUCUUCGACACCUUCAUCAAGUCCCUCAACAAACGCGCCGAGUCUGCCAACCGCCAGGUCACUUUUGCCGAGCGCGCAGGAGCCGGGCUGUCUGCGGGUGGAAUUGCAGCCAUGAUCGGUAACCCGGCUGACUUGGCACUGGUUCGCAUGCAGUCCGAUGGCCUCAAACCGCCGGAGGCACGGGCCCACUACCGUUCCGUCGUGGAUGCCCUGCUUCGCAUCUCGAAGGCCGAGGGUGCCACGGCCCUGUGGGCGGGGGCGUUCCCGACCGUGGUGCGGGCGAUGGCACUCAACUUCGGACAGUUGACCUUCUUUGCGGAAUCGAAGGCGCAGCUGAAGGCACGUACCAAGCUCACCCCUCAGAACCAGACCUUUGCCGCCUCUGCCAUUGCUGGGUUCUUCGCCAGUUUCCUGUCGCUGCCGUUCGACUUCAUCAAGACGCGUCUGCAGAAGCAACAGAAAGACCCAAAGACUGGACAGCUGCCGUACAAGGGUCUCUUUGACUGUGCUCGUAAAGUCGUCAAGGAAGAGGGAUGGUUGAGGUUUUAUCGUGGAUUCGGCACGUACUAUGUGCGGAUCGCACCCCAUGCUAUGGUCACGCUUAUUGUGGCGGAUUAUCUGAAUCUUAUCACCAAGUAG